AUGGGAAGCAUCGAGAAGGCUGUUUUAAAGGCUACAGACCCCAAGCUAAAGGGCGAUAAUUGGCAGUACAUCCUUGACGUUUGUGAUUUAGUUUCUGAAGACCCUGAGGAUGGUGGUAAAGAGGCUAUGGAACUCGUCGAAUCGAGGUUAUCUCAAAGAGAUGCAAACGUUAUACUAAGAGCACUAUCGCUGAUAACCUCGCUAGCUGAGAAUUGUGGGUCUAGAUUGCAGCAGUUAAUUGCUUCCAAGGAUUUCACAAGUAAGCUUUACGGAUUAAUCAAAGGCAAAAGUGUACACGUUACGGUAAAGAUGGAAGUGGCUAAAGUGGUUAAACAGCUGUCCUUGUCAUUUAAAAGUGACCCCUCUCUGAAAUAUAUGAAUGAUUUGUAUGUCAAGAUUUCCAAAAACUAUCCACAACUACUGCAAGACGAUCAACCUAAUGUUCCAGGUAAAUAUGAAAUGAGUUAUCAAUCGAAAGUGAAAGAAGAUAAGGACUUGGAGGAAGCAUUGAGGCUGUCGUUAUUGAGCCAUCAAGAACAAGAGAAGCAGAAGCAGCUGAAAGAAGAGCAGACGGAAGCUCCAUCUACAUCGACGAUGACGUCGGUGGCACCAACGGUCCCUCAGAUCCCUCAGCAGCAAGUACAACAACGGCAACAGUCACCGCCGCUAGCUUCGGCAGCUCCACCCAAGCGGGUUAAGGCACUGUAUGAUUUGGCUAGUAAUGAACCCGAUGAACUGGCGUUUAAGAAGGGAGACAUAAUCGUUGUACUGGAGCAGGUGUACAGAGAUUGGUGGAGGGGUUCGCUGCGUGGAUCUAUUGGUAUUUUCCCGCUAAAUUACGUUACACCGGUGGCAGAACCUACCCAACAGGAACUUUGGCAGGAACAGGCCAAAGAAGAGGAGUUGUUGGCCCAAAAGCGUAAAGUAGAUCAAUUGUAUCACAAGAUGACAGAAUCGAAUAGUCGUGGGGAAGAUCCCACGCAAGAUCCUAACAUUAACGAAUUGUACGGGUCUGUGACACCCUUGAGACCUGAAGUAGCAAAGUUAAUUGGCAAACAUGCGCGUAAAAGAGAAGAACUGCUCUCGCUAAGGCAAGUUCUAGCGAAUGCAGAAGCUACAUAUAACCAACUAUUGGAUCGUGCUACUAAUGUCUAUGCGAAUCCUUUGUCUAUACAACCUCCACCAAGGUCGAACCAAAGGCCAUCAUCAGAUCAUAUAAUGCCAUAUCCACAAUAA